AAAUACUAAAGAAGAUAGUGCGUCGAGAUGGAGUCUGAAACUAAAUCUAAUCCUGGUCAAUAUAUCAGUGAAAAGGCAAAAGAAUCAGAAAAAAGAGGACACAAGAGAAAAAGAGCGCAAGACAGUUUUAUAAAAAUGAAACCAAAUGAACAAGAAGAUGAUUGGUUGUCUCUAGCACCUAGAUGUAUCAACGUAGCUGACUUUGCUGAGGCACGGGCCACUGAAAUCAACACAAUGAUGAAAGCAAUGAAUAAUAUCUCUGGUGGCAGAAGAAUAUUCCAAAAACUUCCCAGGCACAUGAGAAGACGGGCUAUGAGUCACAAUGUAAAAAGAUUGCCCAGAAGACUACGGGCAAGAGCUGAAGCAGAGGUGCAGAAACACAAACGUGCUAACAAACAAGACAGUGGGGCUGCCAAGCGGUCUAGACGACAUCGAAGAAGACCAAAGAAUCUAUUUGCAGAGUAUGAAAGAAGAAAACGGAAACACAUAUGGUUGGAAACCCAUAUAUGGCAUGCUAAACGAUUUCACAUGUCAGAAAAAUGGGGAUACAAAAUACCUCACCAUCCAAAUGAAAAGAGUGUAAGAGCCUCGUAUCGAGCUUUAGCAAAGCAUUGUCUUAUUCAGGAUAUAUCUUACUAUGGUGUAAUAGAAGUUACCGGACCUCAGGGAUAUUUACUGAAAUCACUAGCACAUCUCACAAAUACAGACUCAGGACUUACAUUUGCAUCGUUAAGCUACCUUGGAGGUAAACGGCAUGGUACUACCAUGCUUUACCAGUAUGAUAAAUACCCCUACAGUGCUAUAUCUGUCGUCAAUUUCCUAUGGAAGUGUCUAUCAUGUGAAUGUGAUGAUAGAGUAGCCAUUAAAGAAGAAACUAACACUGAUGCAGCUGAUAAGUUUUCCUCUACGGAAUCCAGACAAUUAUGGAUGUGGGUUCAUCCAUCAAGUUAUGAAACUGUACUUAAUGAAAUAGUGAAAAUGUUUCAUGCUAAACCAGUGAUGGAGAAGAUGAAAAAAAAGAGAACGCAAAUUGAUAAAGGAAGUGAUGGAGUGGAGGAUACAGGAGAUGAGUCAUCACUUGAUUUUACUAAAACAGACAGACAGUUUAAGAAUUCAUGUGUUCAUAUAAGAACAUUGAAGUUUGACCUGUUGCGCUUUCGUUUACAAGGCCCAUUAUCACAUUCUGUUCUUCUUGAUGUGUUGCAGUCUGCGGAGGUUAAGUGCAGUGACAUUGAGGAAUGUGAAAAGAUGAAAUGGUGGGAGUCCUAUUAUGAGGACACCCAGAAUGCCGCAGUUCAUGAUAGACAGAAAGAAGUUUGGAAGAAUCUUAAAAACAUUCGUACAUCCAGUGAGUUGUCUCCAGGGUGUGUAUUAUCGCUUACCGUCAAGGAUCCCCGACUUCUACUGCCUCAGAAAAAGACAAAAGUCAUGACCGCAGUUGAAAAUACAACAGAACCCUUAGCAAAUGAAAGAAUUGAUCUGUGUAGACGUUUCCCAGAUGGCAUCAGCCAGUCACCAAUAUGGGAAAAGAAAGCUAGAAAGAAAGCAUCGGUAGAAAAAUUCUCCAUCGAUGAGCUGAACAAAAAACGUGCCGAACACCUCAUUCCUGGUACUGUACUCCAACUGGGAAGAGAAGAAUCAAGAAUUCCCAUACUCCUCUUGCACAAUCCUGGAAAACUAGAGGACGUUAAAGAGCAGAUGAGUUGUCAGGAGAUGCAGAAUUCCCUUGGGUUUGGAGGUGGGUGGGAUAUUGUGAUUCCGAGUGGGUGGGGAAUGGCUUUCUGGAUUGCGUUGAUUUAUCGUGGAGCCAGAGCAGGAGGGGAGAGAGAAGCGCAAAGUGCAUCGGCCCAGCAAGGGUUACCAUAUUUCCCGUAUGAUUUCCCAGACACCCUGGCUUACAAUGAAACAAGUAACCUGAGAAAAAAUGAGUUGGAAAGCAAAUACAGUCGAUAUCCACCCGAUAAAAGAACCAAUUAUGCAAAGUUUGGAGUUGUGGCACCGUUUUGUUCCCCAUGGGAGCAAUUAGUUGUUGAGUGGAAUGAUACAUCAGUUUCAAUUUCUGCGAAGGAACAAACAUCAUCAAUAGAUGUGGAUGCUAGUGAAAUGGUGCUUAACGAGUUGAAGGUAGAUGACAUGGCAGUCACUGAUUCUGUACCCAGGGAUGCAGUAUAUGUACUCAGGUCAAGGUCACGGUUAAGACAUCUUGCAAAAUCAUGUCAUAGAUAUAAAAAUAUGGGUAAAGAUUGCAUUACGAGUUCUUUGUCAUCAGUUCUCAAAGGGGAUAGUCAUGCACUGGUAUGUGUGUCACUCCGAAUGGUGCACAGAGGGGUGCCAGCACUGUUUGGAAUGGUCUGUCUGGCAGAUUCAGAUGAUCUCCAGCAGCUUUACAGGGACAAGAAUUACGGAGGUCCCUUAGAGACAUUGCAUAAAGAUCCUUCCUUAAUUCUGAAAAAGCUAGACAAAAAAUGUAAGAAAAGGAAAACCAAGCUGGAUACUGAGGUGAAAGCAGCGUUAGUGGCAGAAAUAAAUGCAUCAAACAGUCUAGUAUCAAGUGUAAAAAAUUCCUGCAAUCGUCAGAUAAUUGGUUACGUUUGUAAAGGCAGCCAUACUUUCAGCACAGGGACUGGUUGCGCAUUGGCAUAUUGUACGAUUCCUGGUUUAAUAAAGAUGUUGGGAGACAAACCUGCCAGCUGCCAUGCCGUGGUUUUAGUAAGAAACAUAAAAUCGCUGCAAUAUAGAUUCGCAUAUUUAUCAGUACUUACUAAAUGUUGGUAA